GAUGUAAAGAAACCGUAACAAAAAAUAGUCACGCAGAUGUUGUCACUGUUGAAGACUCAGAGAUCGAGAUGGCACCUGCAGACGACUCCCAAAUGGAUGAAAAUGAACACUCAGAUGUUGGCACUGUUGACGAAUCAGAUAUCGAUCAGGCACCUGCAGAUGAUUCCCAAAUGAAUGUUACAAAUUUGGAGGAUGUUUACCAGCCUUAUAAAAAUCCAGAUACAAAUUCUUUAUCGGGAAAAUUUCUGUCGAUGGAGCAACAGAUUGAAAUUUUGCAAAACCAGGGUACAACAACCAACCAUACAGAGAUUCCAAAAGGCGUAAAAGAAAAUGUAUUUUUUGUAUUGAAUGAUGCUUACAAUGCAAGAAGAAGGGCCGAAGGCAAAAGCUCAUCUUAUCCUGACGACUGCGGUGCUUGGAUGCAGGGAAAAAAUAUAACAAAGCCAGAGUACUUUCUCAAGACCCAACUUGGUUUUCAAAAUGUUAGGCGCGAGAAAUCAGGGAUGUAUUUUAGAAGGCUAAAAGGAAAUAAGGUGCCACUUUCACCUCAACCAACAGACGAACAAAUUCUUUUGGUUAAGAGGAAAUAUUCCACACUUGCCAGGGAACAGAAAUACAGAAAAAGAGUAACAUGGUUUGAUAACCAUCCCUUCCUGGAAGCAGCAUUUGUAGAAUAUCUUGGCCCUUACCCUGAAGACAGUCCUAGCAUCCAUGGGAACUCUAAAAAUAACGUUCCUUAUCAAAGACUUACUUUGCAACAACAAGAGCUUAUUCAGUCAAGCUUAGAAAAGAAUCAGCCGCCAAGAGAAAUAAAAAAUGAGGUUAGAAAGAACAUUCCAGACGAUCCAAUUACAUUGAAAACAGCCAGGAAUGCCAAGUACAGUUAUGAAAAGAAGAAACAUCCUCAAAAUAAACAGAAUCUGGCCGAUGAAGUCAUUACAGUUCUAAAUAAAAAAUAUGAAGAUGCUUCAUUUGUUAAAGAAGUUUUGACUUCAGCAAACAAUAAACCACCGAAUGUCAUUUUGUAUUCAGAGGAGCAGAUGACUUCCAUGCGUAGUUCCAUAAAGAAUGGGUGCAUUAUUGGAAUUGACAGAACAUUCAACGUGGGUUCCUGUUACUUAACAGUGACAACGUUCAAAAACACAAACCUCGUGAGGAAUGAAACCAGCGAACCACCCAUAAUGCUUGGUCCCAUUUACCUGCAUUGGGAUGGUACAUACCACACGUAUCAGCGGUUUUUAUCCCAUUUACAAGGGCAGCUGCAUGACGUAGACCAAUCAAAAAUCAUUUUCGGAACAGAUGGAGAAAAGGCACUGACAAACGCUAUUGAAUCUUGCUUUCCAGCAUCAACUCAUACUCUCUGUACAAGACAUUUGAAAGAAAAUUUGCGGCACCAUUUAAAAAACCAUUUGACUAAUCCAGACGUUCAGGAAAUUAUUGACUCGAUAUUUAAUAGAUCCACGGGACUCCUCACCGUUGAAUCGGACUUGGUUUAUAAAGAAAUGGAGAACGAAAUCAAAGAAAAACAUGACCUACCUUACCUGAAUUCUUUUCUGUGUAAAGUUUCAAAAGAAGUCUUCGAAUCAAGGAAAAAAACAAAUUUUACCAUCCCAAAGUUAUGGACCAACAACAAUAACGAAUCUUACAACAAUGUGAUAAAAUUACAAACCGACUGGAGGAUUCUGAAACUUCCUGCGCUUAUAGAUGUACUCCAAGACCUGGACAGCAAUCAGACAUCAAACAUACGAGAUUCAUUGCACUCAAGGGGUGAUCUUAGAGUUAGAGGGCCAGCCGAUAUUCUGCUCGUGUCUAAUGAAGUUUGGGUAAAUUUGACGCCAGAGCAGAGACAAAGAAGACUUCAAAGACUACUGAAUUUCAUCAUACCAGCAUCUUCCGUAACAUCCAAAGACGGAAGUCUCACCAUACCUAAGGUAGCAACUAUUGCAAAAAAGCCUGGACAAAGAAAAAGAGCUAAAGCGUGCAAGUCUACCACCUUGACAAAGAAGACAAAAACUUCUUAAAUGAGAAAUAAGGAAGAAAAAGGAAGAAGAAGUAGAAAACAAAUACCUGUAUAUAUACGUCUGUUAAAAAAAAAAUCAGUA